GUGAAUUCUUUACCUUUUUCUUCUUUUAUUUUCAAAUGUAAUGAGAUGUGACAUUGAUAACAAUAAACCACACAUGCAUUUGGUUGUACCAGUAGUUGAGUACUGUGAUAAUGUGAGUACACAGUGUAUGCAAAGUGAGUAAUGUGCAGAAUAUUUCAAGACAUUUUCUGUUUUGACACAUAGUACAAUACGUUAGUAAUAAGUGACUGUUACAUAACAGAUUAUGUAUAUAAAACAGAUCCAUUUGGCUUUCAAACUGUUUGUGAUCAGAAAUUUAUUUGAGUUUUUAAUUUAGUUAGUAAUUUAGUUAAUAAUUUAGAGUUUUAGUUAGUGUAUUGACUACAACAAACAUUAAGGAAAAAGAAAAGUCACCGUGUCUGUGGAGGCAGCGUAAACAAAGUGGAUGCACAUAAAACCAUCUGUCAACAGGAAGCCUGAUGUUCAGAGGAAGAGACCACUGCAGUGAAAUAACAUGCUACACAUGAACAUGAAACCACCAACUUUAAGGUAAGGAAUUGAACACCACACACACUUUUGUUUGAUCAAUUUUGUUUGCAAAAGCAAUUACACUGAACCUGACAGAAGAGAUAAAGCUGAAUGCUGGGUUUGCCAUUGUUUGGGUUAUGAACCACAGGUUUACCACAUCAAACAAUUCAAAGACGCCAUCUUGGGCUCUCAGAAUUUGUGAUAGGCAUUUUUCACAAUAUACAAAAUGUUAUAGACUAAGUGACUGAUCCAUUUGUUAAAAAAAGAAAAAUGAAUUGAUAAUCAAAAUAAUUAUUAGUUGCAGUCCUAGUCUACAUAGUGUCAUAUAGUUUCUGCUUGUUAUCAUUUUCUUACUCUCUGGUGGACAAACUACAGAAUAGUGACACUGUUUCUAAACAUCUUUGGCAUUUCUGUACUACAAUUUCUUGUCAUUUAUAGUCUGACAUCUACGCAGAAACAUUUCACUGCCAUUGUCUUGUAAUGUGUACAUGACAAAUAAAUCUUACCUUACCAGGUCAUAAUAAAAACUAAUAGACUAAAACAUAUUUCACUUAUAGAAUACAUGUUUUCCACAUUUGGGCUGUGAAACAAGUUAUGUUUAUGUUUAGUUUUUAAAGUUUAGUCCAUUUGAAAGAUAAGAAAUAUGCUUAUUAUGUAAGAAAUACGCAAGAUCUCUCUCUUCCUUAAUUUAGGCACGAGACGGAAAAACCGUACGUCACACAAUUUCACUUAAGCAGGCACUUAAGCAACACAGAGUUUAGUCAUAAAUUGAAAUACUGACAGGAAGCCAGACAUUCAGAAAAGCAGAUCAGUGCAGAGCAUGACACAGCUACGCAUCAGCAUUUAGACAAAGAGGUAAGAAUGCUGCUGAACCAAACAAACCAAACGGAGGACGACUUCUUCUCCUGCUACAGUCCUUCAGUUGUAGGUUACCGGUACUUCGCUGUGCUAUGGGGAUGUGCUGUGACCAUCACUGGUACGGUGGGAAACCUGAUGACCAUUCUAGCCUUCGCCUUAGACCCACAUCUGAGGACUCGCUUCAACGUGCUCAUCGUCAACCUGGCUGUAGCUGACCUCAUGUACUGUGCCAUACUGCAGCCCAUCUCGGUUGAUUCCUAUCUGCACCUCAGAUGGCGGAGCGGUGAGCUCUGGUGCAGCACCUUCGGCCUGCUCCUCUUCCUCUCCAACUCUGUAUCCAUUAUCACACUCUGUCUGGUAGCAGUGAGUCGGUAUCUCCUGGUUGCAAAAAGGGCCGUGUUUGACCGUGUCUUCUCUGACCGUGGUCUUACUUUCCUCUUGAUCUCAGCGUGGGCACUGGGCCUUGCCAGCUUUGGUCCACUCUGGCCUGUUUAUGUAUUUGUACCGCAGGUGUGCACAUGCAGCUUCCACCGGACCAAGGGCCGCCCCUACUCCACCAUACUGCUCUUUUUCUACUUCUUUAUCGGCCUGGGCUGCGUUGGCGUAUUCUACCUCCUCAUUUACAGACGUGUCCUGAUUGCCUCAAAGGCUCUACUCCGCUACAGGCUCAGCCGUCGAUCAUCCAGGAAGAAACCAGCUUCUUCUGUACAAGGGGCCGAUGACAGUGGUGUAGAGAGUGGCAUGGCUAACACAUGUAGCUGUGAGAUAAGCAGCCAGGGGGAUAUAACCCAAAAUAAGGAUGAGAUCACCUGUGAUAAUUCCUGCCCAAAACCCCAGGGCUCUGCUGAGGCUACGGAUCCAUCAGCAACCAACAAGCCUUCCCCUGAUAUCUUCCCUAAACCCCUUACAACCACACCUGCUCCCACCACGUCCCACUCAGCAACCUCAGGAGAUGAUGGCGAAUUUAAGCGUGUGACACGCAUGUGCUUUACUGUUUUCCUGUGUUUUGUGUUCUGCUUCGUCCCCUUCCUGUUGCUCAACAUAGCCGAUAAACGUAACCGCGCCCCCCAGGUACUGCACAUGUUCUGUGCAAACCUCACCUGGCUCAACAGCUGCAUCAACCCCGUGCUCUAUGCUGUCAUGAAUCGACAGUUUCGACAGGCCUACCAUGUGCUGCUCACCAGGGCUGCUGCACCCUUCACCUGCCUCUGGACCUGGUGGCCAGCUCUGAGGUCCUGAACUCCUGGAACUUAAAACUUGUCUAAUCUUUUUCCUGAUAUAAAUCCUGUAUGAUAUUAUCUUCUUUCUAUUUAAUAGGCCAAGGGGGACAAUGUAUAUUAAAAAAAAGUGUUAUGUUUGAUUUGUGUUGCAUUACCAAUAUUUCAGACUGCUCCAUUUCCUUCACAAUUGUCCGUUAUUAUAUUCAUAAGAUGUUUUACUGUGUUUUGUUGUUGUUGUUGUUGUUUGCUUUUACAUUAUGUAUUCUAUACGUACAAUAUUAUAGUAAGUGUUUAUCUUAUGUAUGGAAUAAAUUUUAUUUUCCUCAUACAUAUUCCACAGUGUUUGCAACAGUUCUUCAGACAGCCAUUUGCAACCAUUAGCCUAUAUGUCAUCACUUUUCUACACGUCUGUUACAACAUCUUACACCUCCCCAAUGUUACCAAAUUAGCACAGGAUAUUCCUGUUUAACACAACAUGACUAUUUCAGUAAUUCAGAAACUUUUGACCCUGCUCAGUUUCUCAACUCUGUGUUGCCUCUUACCUACUGACAGUAAAUGACUAAUGAUAAAAGGGCUCAGAUGAUCUGGCCUUUAGCCUCACAUGUAGGUGGACUGUGCAUGUGUAUGCAUGUUUGAGUGUCAAGGCAUUCAUUUAUUGAGAAACCAACAGAGGCAAAGAAGAUUCAUACUCGUAUGUUCACAUCCUACCAACUGUUACAAGGUGUGAUUUAUCUUGCAAGAAGACUAAAAGUCUAGAGCCACACUAGCGACCCUGUGAAGCUGUAAUGCCAUCAACAACAGAGCUGCUGAUCAACAACAAAGUCGCUGAUUGGAGGAAAAACAAGACGUCUAUUCUUAGGUCUUCUACACAAGCUAUUGUUUUACUGUGGAAAGAACAAAGACACUAAAGCUAACAGCAGCAUUAUCUGGGUGCCACUAAAAUUUGAACAAGUUCAGUCCUUUUCAACUCUGACCUUGCUGGUGACCUUUCUAUUUUUAACCUGGAAGCAAUGACACGGGGAUGUUCCCAGAACAACACAACACAAUACCACCUUAAAAUCAUACCACAACACUGGAGCUGCAACAAUUAAUUGAUUAUUUG